GUAGUAGUAGGAGGAGGAGGAGAAGGAGGAAGAGGGGCAUUCAUUCAUUCCCUUUAAUUCAUUCCCACCACCAUCGGAGGAUUGCGCCUCCUUAUGGACUGACCGUGCUUGCUCCCUCCUCUGCUGACUCCGCGCUUUGGUACUACUACGACCACAACGACUGUCUUGUUGUUGUUGUUGUUGUUGUUGUGUCGCGGAGAGAUCGAAGUUGCGGAUUGGGUUGUUGUGGGCUGUAGAGGUGGGUCGAUAGUGGGUGCUGGUGCUGGUUGUGGAAAUGGAGAGCGUGUUGGAGAGGCUGCAGAAUGACCAAGUUACUCAAGUGGGCGUUGCAAUCGCCUUGGUGGCGGUCGUCGCAGGCGCUGCCUUCCUCUAUUUUGUGAACCGCAAGAAGACCAUUCUCGUACCUGAGAAAUGGUUGAAAUUCAAGUGCGUGAAGAAAGAGCAGGUCAGUCACAAUGUGGUCAAGUUGCGAUUCGGCCUCCCCACUCCCACUUCGGUGCUUGGUCUCCCGAUUGGUCAGCACAUCAGCUGCAUGGGCUUUGAUUCCGAAGGUACUGAAGUCGUUAGGCCGUAUACCCCCACCACCCUCGAUUCCGACCUUGGUUAUUUUGAGCUUGUUGUCAAGGUUUACAAGGAAGGGAAAGUGUCGUCUUACUUCGGUCGCAUGAAGGAGGGCGAGUACCUUGCCGCUAAGGGUCCCAAGGGACGCUUUAAAUACAAACCCAACCAAGUUAGAGAAUUUGGAAUGGUGGCCGGUGGAACUGGUCUUACUCCCAUGUAUCAGGUUGCAAGAGCGAUUCUGGAGAACUCUCAUGAUAAGACUAAGAUAUCUUUGAUAUAUGCAAAUGUCACAUAUGAGGACAUUUUACUCAAGGAUGAUCUCGACCGAAUGGCAGCAGAACGCCCAGACCAGUUCAAAGUCUACUAUGUUCUGAACGAGCCCCCAACGGAGUGGAGUGGAGGUGUCGGGUUUGUGACGAAGGAUAUGAUUGAGAGACAUUGUCCUCCUCCAGCUGCUGAUGUUCAGAUUCUGCGUUGUGGUCCUCCACCCAUGAACAGGGCCAUAGCAGGCCAUUGUGAAGCUCUUGGAUAUACCAAGGAGAUGCAAUUUCAGUUCUAAAAUGGUUAAAGCAUUAAUUCUAACUGGCCUCUACGGAAUUCGAUUCUAGAAUUGGCAAAGGCUGACUCGGAGAAAUAGAGCAUAAUGCAGGUAUUAUAACUUCUAUAAUCACAGUAGAUCAUUGCUAGGGAGGAAAGUUAGUGCCAUAAGUGAUGUAGAAGCCACAACAUCAACCUGAAUACAACCUAAAGCGCACAGGCCUGUCAGACCUAUUCUUCCCCUGUUAUUGUAUCAGCCACAUGCAUUAAUAAUGAAAACCUAUUUUCCCCUCA